AUGAACACGGCAGAAGUUUCGAAGCUUACUGCACUCAGUGCAAUAUGUACUAAUUACCAAAUUAUAACUUAAGGCUAAUGUUUCUUUUGUAGUCUUGUGUGUCCAUCAUGUGUGAUGUUCUCUACUCACAAGGGUCAUGAAGUUAUCCAGCCAGAUGAGGCAGUUAGAAAAAUCAGAGACAAGUUUGAUUAGAACAUCAAAUCAGGAAAACUGAAGGUCGAGUACACUGAGACAUUCUUGGUUGACAUCAGACAAGCACUCGUGCAAUGCGACUAGCAGAGAAACAAGAUCCUCAAGGAUGUUGACAAGGUUAUGAACGAUCUUAUUCAAGUACUUAAGGAUCGCAAAAAUGCAGUGAUUGUUUCAGUUGACGAAUACUUCAAGCAAGAGAAGGAGAAGAUCUUGCUUGAAGAGUCCAAGUGGAGAGAUAGGUAAAAAAUCUGCGAGGAACUGCUUAAACUGAGCUCCAAGAAGGAUUCAGACCAAGAAAUAUUGAUAAGAUCUAAGUAUGUGGCAGAUGGCAUUGACCAGCUUAAUGAAAGAUAGAAGUUCAGCGAGCUUAAGUUGAUAAGCAGUUUGGAUGCUAUUGUGCAUCACAGAGAUGAUGCUGACAAGGCAGUGGACAUUUCCAGCAGCGAGCUUAUGCAAUUAUUUAAGGGCUACCUACAGAUCAACGAAUACAAAAGACUUCAGUAUAAGUGCUGA